GGGGACCUGACCGAUGAGUUCCGGGCCGAGAUAUACAAGAACUGGGUCUCUGGGAAGGACAAGAUCAUGAUUGCCACCUCUGCAUUUGGUGCAGGGAAUGACUACCCUCAUGUGCGGGUUGUUGUCCACGCUGGCAAUCCUCAGGAGCUGGUGGGCUAUAUGCAGGAGAGUGGUAGAGCAGGGCGAGACAAGAAGUGGGCUAGGGCUCAUGUGCUG